AUGACCGCACUGACUGACCAACCAGCACUGCUCGAGCGGAUCGCACAAGGCGAUCAAGAGUGCAUGCGCCGAUUGAUCGAUCAAUACACCGGUCUCGUCUGGUCUCUGGUUCGCAGGAAAGUAUCGAACAAAGCCGACGCCGAGGAUCUCGUGCAAGAUAUUUUCGCUGAAAUCUGGAAAAGCGCCAAGCGUUACAAACCCGAGAUGGGAUCCGAAGCGACAUUCGUUUCAGUGAUCACACGCCGUCGCGUCAUUGAUUACAUCCGCAAGGUGACGCGCCGGGACCCAGAAGUCCAGUUUGAUGGUGCCGUGGAAUACAGUGCAGCUGAUACACCGCAAUCAAACGAAACGAGUUCUGAGGAAAUCGCAUCUGCGAUGGACAUCAUGCGAUCCAUGAGUCCGCAGCGCCGACAAGUACUUGAGCUAUCCGUUAUUCACGGGCUUUCGCACUCACAGAUCGUGGAGUCCACGAGCAUGCCGCUCGGUACUGUGAAAGCUCACAUCCGCCGUGGACUCGAAGAAGUCCGUUCCAUGGGGGGUGUCACAAUGACCGAUGCACACAACCCACAGUUUGACGAUCGUGCAAUGGAUCUGAUCCUUGAUCGUGUCCUUGGAGAGACAGAAAACUACUCCGAUGACUCCAUCGAUGCGCAGCUCUACCAAGAAAUGGAACUCGCCGCGGCCGUGCUCGAUCAAGCCGCCGCAGAGUCUGCUCCGCUGGAUAUGCCAGAGAGCCUCGCUGAUCGGAUCAAGAGUGAAGUGGAUCAAUACCCUGCACAGCAGGUGUAUCAGUCUGAAUCGCCCUAUCGGAUCGAUCAGCAUACUCCCCAAUCAACACCACAGCGUGUCCAGUGGGUUCCAUGGAUGGUUGCAGCGGCUUCGCUGCUCAUCGCAUCUGCGGCGAUCCUGCUCCCACGCUCAGCGCCUGUGAUUCAACCGCAACCUGUAGAUCUUGUUGCGGAUCGACUCGCGCUGAUCGAUCAAACACCAGUUGACGAACUCACACAAUGGGACUGGAUCUCAACUGAUGAUCAAGCCGUAGUCGGCGAAGUGAUUGGUGAUGUCGUCUGGAGCGAUACCCUCAACAAGGGAUAUAUGCGGAUCUCCGGACUCGCUGUCAACGAUCCUUCCCUUGAGCAGUACCAACUCUGGAUCUUCGACGCGACACGACCAACUGGAGAUCUACCCCAGUUUGGUGAAGGACUACUCACGCAGCGUCCGAUCGACGGCGGCGUAUUCGACAUCAACAGUGCGGGAGAGGUUAUCAUCGAGAUCGACUCCAAGCUCGCUGUCAAGCAAGCCGCGGCGUUCGCGAUCACCGUCGAGCCUCCUGGAGGCGUGGUGGUCUCAGAUCGAACCCGAGUCCCAUUGCUUGCACUCGCUCCGUAA